AGCGAGCGAUCGGCUGAUGUGUAGUCAAGUGGUGGAAUUUCAGUCAGAACUAAAUACUCACCGCGGUAGGUUAGUAAGUCAGUCCGUUUUGAUUUUGCGUAAAAUAAACAGAUUUUAUCACAAUUGCAAUAAAAUGCAGUUCGUAGCAUCUGAGCAUCCCCAUCGACGAUUCAAUCCAUUGACUGGUCAUUGGGUGCUGGUGAGUCCACAUCGCAUGCUGAGACCAUGGACGGGACAACAAGAGGCUCCACAGAAGAGCAACAUACCCGAUUUUGAUCCCACUAACCCACUUAGUCCAGGUGUGGCGCGCCCAAAUGGCACCGUGAAUCCGGUAUAUACAGGAACAUUUGUUUUCACAAAUGAUUUUCCGGCUUUGAUGGAGGAUAAUCCGGUACCACCACCGUCAGAUGAUCCCCUCUUUCAAGUGUCGGAGGCAAGAGGUACUUGUCGAGUUAUGUGCUUUCAUCCGAAAUCGAAUGUAACACUGCCACAGAUGACAGUCGGCGAAAUAACUGCGGUUAUAGAUGAAUGGAUCAAACAGUUCAAUGAAUUAAGUAAAAAAUUCCUCUGGGUACAGGUGUUUGAGAACAAGGGUGCUGCUAUGGGUUGUUCGAAUCCACAUCCUCACUGCCAAAUAUGGUGCUGCUCAUUCCUGCCUACGGAGCCACAAAUUAAAGACGAACGAUUGCGCAAUUACUACACCAAGAAUGGCCGCCCAAUGCUGUCAGAUUACGUGAAACGAGAGCUAGAACGUAAGGAACGUAUUGUUGUCGAGAAUCCCGAUUGGUUAGUUGUGGUGCCUUUCUGGGCUGCUUGGCCCUUUGAGACUCUACUCAUAUCAAGAAAUGACAACAAACGCAUAAGCGAUGUUACUUCAACACAGCGAGAAAAUUUGGCAAAAGUUAUGAAGGAAUUAACAACCAAAUAUGAUAACUUAUUCCAGUGCUCCUUUCCAUACUCAAUGGGUUUUCAUGGUGCUCCUACUGGCGAAGCCAUCGGCGCUGACACGUAUCAUUGGACACUUCACGCACUUUACUACCCGCCUCUAUUGCGCUCUGCCUCUGUGCGCAAAUUCAUGGUCGGAUUCGAAUUACUGAAUGAGGCGCAACGCGAUUUGACACCAGAACAAGCAGCUCAACGUCUGCGUGAAAUUGAUGGCGUUAAACAUUAUUCGGAAAAUUGAUCAAAAAAUGUAAAGUAUAUAUAUGCAUACAUAUGUAUGUAUAUAAUGUGAAACGACAGUAGGUGUAGUUAAGUUCGAUUAACAGGGAAGUAACCAAAUUAUAUUUUAACAGAGACCUCACAUAUCUCAUUAUAUAUGUAUGUAUACUAUAAAAAGAAAAUCUUUAAAACUAAACGGUUAAGAAAAUUUUAGAUAAUAUAGGGAGAAAAAGUUAAAUGUAUAAAUGAUUUAUGAUAGAACCAAAGACAAAGUAAUAAAAAUAUUAGUUUUCCAAUUUGUUAA